AUGGCUCAUGGUGGCGGCGAUGGAAAUCGGGUCGGGCCGGACUUCAACCUACCCGACGAGGUUCUUGCGGUCAUACCCACGGACCCGUACGACCAGCUGGAUCUGGCCCGCAAGAUUACUUCCAUGGCAAUCGCGUCGCGGGUUUCGAAACUCGAGACGGAGGCGGCGAGGCUCCGCCAGAAGCUCAGCGAGAAAGACCGACUCAUUGAGGAGCUCGAGGACAAGGUCUCCCAGCUUGAGGGCGCCUACCAAGACGCGGAGCUGCGAUUGAAACUUACUCGCGAGGAUAAUAUGAAGCUAUUGACGGAGAGGGAUUCUUUAGCUUCCACUGCAAAGAAGCUCAGUCGUGAUUUGGCCAAGCUUGAGACAUUUAAGAGGCAAUUGAUGCAGUCUUUGAAUGAAGAAAAUUCACCGACGGAAACGGUUGAUAUUGGCACUUAUGACCAAACAGUCCCUAAGGCAUAUUCUACUAGUGAUGACUCGAACGGCUACAGAAAAUAUCACUCGUACAGCGGGUCCAUCGAUAGCACAACCUUAACUGACGAAGUCUCAAAACAGGCGGCGCAGAAAUUUUCAAUCACACCUUACAUAAGUCCUCGCCUCACUCCCAACGGGACCCCAAAAGUGGCCUCGACAAGUGUGUCUCCAAGAAGGUAUACGGCUGCCAGCUCACCACAGAGGGCAUCGGGGGCCACUACCCCCACAAAGGUGUAUGAGGGGCAAGCCUCUCUCUCAUCGUGGUAUCCGUCCAGUCAGCAGUCGUCUGCCGCCAGCUCUCCUCCUCGAGGGCGCCUGCCGCCAGGCCGCACUCCUCGAAUUGAUGGAAAGGAAUUUUUUCGUCAAGCCAGGAGUCGUUUAUCACUCGAGCAAUUCAGCUCAUUCCUGGCGAAUAUCAAGGAACUAAAUGCACAAAGGCAGUCUCGUGAGGAGACUUUGAGAAAAGCUGAAGAGAUUUUCGGGAUGGAUAAUAAAGACCUCUACAUAUCAUUUCAGGGGUUGCUAAACCGCAACAUGAACUAG